AUCAUUUUGCUUCAUUUUGUAAAAGUAAAACUGUUAAUAAUAUUGCAAGAAAAGAAGAACUUUAUAUAGGUUCAGUGGAAAAUAGUACUUCAUCUACAAAAUCAAAUUGGACAGUCGAUUUAAAAAUAAAUAAUGAAAUAGUAAAUUUCAAAGUAGAUACUGGCGCUGAUGUUAAUGUUAUUCCAUUCAGUUUGUACAAUGCAAUUUUCAAAUCCCAAUUAAUUAUGAGAGAUGAUACCAAAUUGAUAGAAUAUACAGGAAAUCAAAUCGAAAUAAUAGGAUAUAUUACAGCCCCAGUUUUUUAUAAAAAUAACGAAUUUAAUGUAAAAUUUUUUAUAGCUAAAGGAUAUGGCCGUCCAAUAAUUGGAAAAACCUCAAUAGAAGACUUGGAUAUUGCGAGAAUGGUAGCGGAAAUGAGUGACACCAAGAGGUAUAUGCUUGAUUUUCAUGAUGUUUUUGAUGGAAUUGGGUGUUUACCAGGUCAAUAUAGUAUUAAGGUAGAUGAAACUGUUAAACCUUGCAUCCAUGCAGCUAGACGCUUUCCCCAAGGGAUUUUGGUACCAGAAUCAUUGAGAAGAGAAAUGUUGAAUCUGAUCCAUUUAAGCCACAUGGGCAUUGUUAAGUGUAAUUUAAAAGCAAAAGAACUACUUUAUUGGCCAAAUAUGUUUCGUGACAUAGAAAAUGUAGUAUUAUCAUGUGACAUUUGUCAAAAGUAUUCUAGAAAUAACUUCAAAGAGUCACUCAUACCGCAUCCCAUUCCCGAAUAUCCAUGGCAAAAAGUAGGUUGUGAUUUGUUUGAAAUUGAUGGCAAAAAAUAUAUGAUUGUUAUUGACUAUUUUUCAAAAUAUGUUGAAAUUUGUAAAUUGAAUUCUAUUUCUUCAGAAAUUGUUAUUAAAAAUUUGAAAUGUAUAUUUAGUAGAUUAGGCAUACCACAAAUAUUCAUGUCUGAUAAUGGUACACAAUUCUCCAGUUUUGAAUUUCAGAGUUUUGCAAAAAGUUGGCAAUUUGAAAAUAUAACUUCUAGUCCAAAUUAUCCACGCUCUAAUGGUAUGGUAGAGAGAGCCAUUCAAACUGUUAAGAAUAUAAUAAAGAAAAAUUCAGAAUCAGAUACAGAAUUAGAAUUAGCUUUAUUGGACUAUAGAAAUACUCCAAUAGAUGUAAACAUACCUUCACCUAGUGAAUUGUUUUUUAAUAGAAAAACUAGGACAAUUUUACCUGUUAAAAAGGAAUUGUUAUAUCAUAGAAAUAUAAAUUUUAAGCGACAGAGAAAUCUCUUAGUGAAAAGACAAAACAAACAGAAGACAUAUCACGACAGGAUGUCAAAAACUUUAAGAAUUUUAAAUGAAAAUGAAAAAAUAUAUAUAAAAAUGAAUAAUAUUUGGGUAAAAGGAAUUGUAAUUAGGAGAAUUAACUUAAGAUCUUAUUUAGUUAAAAUAGCAAGUACCAAUUCUAUAAUUAGGAGAAACAGAUAUCAUAUAAAACCAUACUUUGUGAACAGUUAUAGAUAUAGAUCCGACAUUGAUAUUGAGGAUGAAGAAAAUGAAGUUAAUAAUACUUGUACUUCAAAUACUCAAGACAUAGAAAAUUCACGCAGAACUACUAUUUAUAAUUUAAGAUAUGGUAGGAAAAUAAGACAACCUAUUUAGGCAAUUAUUAUAAUGUAAAUUAUUAUAAUUUUAAUAUAAUUGAUAAUAUAGAUGUAAGAAAUUUAGGGAAAUUCUUAUAAUUCUGAAUUGAAUUUUAUUUUGUUGAAAAGGGAGAUGUAAUGUAUAUAACAGAUGUUUGUACAUAUUGUGAAUUCAGUAUUAAAUGAGACACCGAGCUA